GGUAUGUGCUUAUCUUGUUGUUUUCCGAUCCUUGCAUCUGUCGUCGCCUUUCGUCCCAUCUCUCUCCGGUCCCUCUGAGUGGCUUGGCCUUUCUAGUGGUGCUGGUGGCCCGCAGCUGGCGUUUCGCGCGUUGUCGUCGCGCCCUCGCCUGCCGGCCCCGUUGCGCAUCCCAACGCGUCUGGAUCGUCUUGGUAGUAACCUGUCGCUCGAGACCUGUCGGGGGAAGCACGGAGUGAGAUGGUGACGAUGCUGUCGCGUGGCUUCUUGAUGAUCCCUUCAUGCACGGUCGCGUCUCUGAUUACUUGCUGAUCCAUAUCUUCGCUCCAUAGAUGGGUUGGUCGAGCUAUACGACAUGAAUGCCUGGCUUGCUGACGCCUCGAACAUCCCAAACCAUGAUAAUGGUGCCUUUAACCCGACCAUCGAUCCUUCGAUGGCCUUCCUCCAUCCUUCUCCGACUCCCCAGGACCCGAACCAAUUCCAGCGCAUGUUCAAUGGCGUCCCGCGAAACGUCUCGCCCGGAUUCAACCCAAACCAAGUGAUCCCCUCGAAGCGGCCACGACCAGAAGAUGGAAUGUCUAUGUCGCCUCGCCAGGCAGCUGGUGGCUUGCCAGCGACACGGUCGCAGACGCCCCAUCAGGUCCCGUUCCCUGGCUUCCAGGGCCCUUCCAACGGUGCUCCGCAGUUCGCUCAACCACCAACGCCCUAUCAACAUCUCCAACAAGCGGGCUCAGCCAAUGCGACACGGUCUCCGAUCAUGCAAGACUUUGACCAGCAUGGGGUCCAGAGGAUGCAGACUGCGUCUCCCAGCCCGUUCUCUCCUGCUGGUCACCAUGUGGGAUCUCAGAUGUCACCGACGCAGUCUGAACAUGGUAGCCGAGUAAACACGCCUCAAAACAAUACUUUCAUGCCAGGACAACCUUUCCCUCAGGGGAUGCCGCCUCAGUUCUCGCCAGCGCCGGCUAUGACAUCCGCUGCUGUCCAGGCAUCCAUGCAAGCGCAGUUCAAUAACAUGCCGCAAGCAUAUCCUGCUCAAGCCUUGGCGGCGCAACAGCAGCGAUUGUACCAGAUGCAGCUUCACAAUCAAGCCCGUCAGAUGCAUGCUAACAACCCUGCCAUGGCCGGUCGGCCCGGUAGCAGCGGGAUGAAUCCUAUGGUUAAUCCCCAGAUGGCGGCCAUAAGGCAAAUGCAGCAGAAUAUGACUAAACCUGCGAACCCAGAAGGCUUCAUGAGAUCUCUUCAGAAGUUCAUGCUGUCUCGCAACCUUCCUCUAGACCCAAACCCGAUCGUCAGUGGGCGGCCGCUCAAUCUAGUGCAGCUUUAUGCGACCGUUAUCAAGAUGGGCGGAUCAAAGAAGAUCACGGCUGCAAAUAUGUGGCCUGCUAUUGCUCAGCAACUACAAUUCCCUCAGAUGCAGUAUCCCAUGGCCGCACAGGAGAUCCGUGACCACUAUCUGAGGAAUCUUGCGCCAUAUGAACAGGCCUUCCUAAGCUCUCAGCAGAAACAGUUUGCAGAACAAAUGCAGCAACAUACUCCACAGAGGCAACCUAGUGAUCCCACUGGGAUGCCCUUUCAACAACCAUCUCCUGCAAAGCCUGGUCAAGGAUUUGAAGCCUCGCAACAGUUUUCCCAAUCUCCCCAAACUGGCAUUUUGGUCCAGAGCAACCUGCAACAGAACGCAGCGAACGGAUUCAUGACCCCGCAAGUUAAGGCCCAGUCCAAGCAGCAGCCACCACAGCACCGACCAAGUCUCUCGCGUACCUCACAACCUCCAGGGACACCGCAAGACCCUUCUGGGCAGUUCCCCGUUCCGUCACCCGCUCAACCCGGGAAGGCUUCAUCCGCCGCAGUGGCUGGGAAGCCUCCUGGAGGUCCUGAACCAUCAGCGCAUGUACCCUUCCAGCAUCCUAUUGAAGAUCCGUUCAAACCGAAGGUCUUGUCUGAACACAAACUUCAUGGCCCGGUAGUGGUCGACGAAGUAUACUCACUAGCGGAGGAUAUAACGAGGCUCAAGCCAAACGUCCCUAGUUUUGCGGAGCUAGGCGUUAUUGAUAUUCAUGCCUUGACGAUGAGUAUCAAGUCCGGCUUGCAUGCUGAGAUGCGGAUGGCCUUGGACACACUGACCACCAUCUCAUGUGAGCCAGCCAUUCAGCUGUCCCUGGAUAACUGUGACGAUCUGGUCGAGACUUUGGUGGAAUGCGCGGAAGAGCAAGCGGAACUGCUUGCUGAGAAUACGAUCGAGGUGUCGGAUGUCAUGCUUCUCCCUUCGUAUGAGGAGGUCGUGCGCGGCUGCCGCCUGGAGAUAUCGUCGCUUGUCGACGUCCCAGAGUUCGGUAGUCUCGAGUAUGAGCUCGAUCGCGCCGUCGACAGGAUUAUCUGUAUCACCACUAUUCUUCGCAACUUCUCAUUCACGGAGUCGAAUUUUGGAAUAUUAGGAACGGCGCCUGUCGUCAAGUUCUUCUCUACUAUAAUUCGGUAUCUGGGGACAAGGAGUAUGCUUUUGCGGACACAUCAGAAUACCCUGGAUUUCAUGAAGGACGCGGUGACAUACCUCAGUAACUUGGCGCACACGAUUCACCUUCCUGGGAAGGAGGAAGCUUUGUGUCUUCUACAUUUCCUCUUGUCCUUUGUGCCGACUCCUGCGCCUAGUCUUGGACCCAAGGGCAUCAUGUUUGCGCCUUACAAUCCGGCUGUCCACAGAUAUACACCUGCUGCAAUCGAUAGCUUGGCCAAAUUGCUAGCUAGAGAUGAACCAAACCGAAUGUAUUACAGGGCUAUAUUUGCUGGUGAAGGGUCCGCAGCGCCUCAGGACGAGUUACUUACCCGUGCCUUCGGCUUGGCGAUCUCCCCCAUCCCGGAUCAGCCACGGAAACCUCUUGCUAUUGCAGAUGCCCGGAAAAUAUUCCUAAUGCAGGGCUUAUUGGCAGCCGAUGUCCUAUCCGGCUUUGCUACUGGUUCCCUAGCGAAGGCAUGGCUGAAAUCUACGGAUGGUUUCGCAGUGCAUCUCCUCAGACUUUCCUGCCUGCUAAGCACAGAACGAGUGCCCCCGGUCAACCAGCGUCAAAGUCAGGCAGCAAGAGGGCAGGCGGACGCAGAUGCGCAUGCAUAUAGCUCCAUAAUCCACCGAGGGUUGGCGAUUCUGCGUCGAUUAGCGGAAAAGUCAAAACGCGUGGACGGUGCUGCCACCUUGAGUGUUCCUUCAGGUGUUCUUCCGAAGAAAGAAAGCCUGCUUGGUGCCUUGCUGACGCCAAACCUAGAUCCAGCGGUGGUUCGACAAUUGAUCACUUAUGCUGGAUUGGGUGUUUGACGAUACUAUCCGCAAAGCUGUUCCUGCUUUUCCUUCUGUGCUCUGUUAAAAUAAAUUCGGGCCUUUCCGGAUUAGUUGACUGCAUUC